AGACUACUAUCCAAGUUAUAUGAACUGAAGUUGCACACCUGUGAUUUUUAUCCCGGCAUUAACUCUUUGUCAGAAACCUGGUUGUUUGUAAACGUGGAGGGCCCUUGUAUCAUGGAUGCGGUUGCCGCUUUCGAAGCUGCUUUAAAAGGCCUUGCUACGAAGGAUCUGGACGAUGGAAACACGUCUGCUCCUUCCCAGCCAGAGCCAGAACGACCUGCGAGCGCACCUAAAUGUAUUGCUAACAAAGAUCCCCCCGAAGCCCUUCCCAAGGAAGAUAUAUUAAUGAGUGCAUUAAUCUCCGCAGGCAUCGCUCCCUCGUCAUUAUCCCAACCCUCCACAAACUUAACGCCAGUGCGAAGCGCGCCCGUGAUUCACUCGGCUCAGUCUCUCGGUGCCUCCACUUUGAAGGUCAUCAGGACGAACGGCAACAAAGUUGUAAGGAUAACCGCUGCCGAAGAGCCUUUGAACACCACAAAUGUUGCCAGCCCCCGGAUGGCUAGUCAGCUAAUUCAAAAGCUGCCAGGUGGAGUCGGCUGUAAUUUGAACAAUAUACAGUCAGUUCGCCUCCCAACCAUAAUCAGGAAAAGACCCAACAGCGAGCAAGCUGCACUUCCACCAGUAAAAUUCUUUCGCCGGGACCACAACCUCGCACCUCAAUCUACACAUAGUGAAGGUUCCCAAGAUGUCUCCCAGAACAGAGUUAUUUUCAACAGCCAGCGAUUCUCUCAGACUCCUGUAUACCCGCCUUACUCAACGAUUACCAAGGUCCCUUUCUUAAGAUACGACGAUGCCGACGAGGAUGACACCGACGAUCUUGCUCAGGCGGAGACUUACGCCGAAUAUACACCUGCGAAACUCCGCCUGGGUUGCAAGCAUCCUGACCCCAUUGUCGAGUCCAGCACACUUUCGAGUGUAUCAUCCCCUGAUGUGCACUAUACCGUGCACCUGCCACAAGAAGUCAUUGAUCAAGGCUUGCUCUCGUCUCUUCAGUUGGAGGCUUCGCAGCCUGGUCAGAACAAAAUGCUCAAUAGUUAUGAAGAAAGGAUGUAA